AUGGAUAUUUCCAACAUUAUUAGGGGUGUAUUCAUUCGAAUCUUCUUGGCUUUACUUAUACUGUCUGUCAUCCUUAAAGUUGUGAAGGAAAAAUUCAUCUUAUGGUUGUAUGGCCAAAACGCUGAUUCGGGAAUGUCUGUGUUAACAAGAGGAUAUAUGAUAUCUGAUUUAUCGACAAAAAGAUUGAGAAAUAGUUCUGUGAUAACUAGCUUUCAGCCGUCUAGCAGUAAUAUGUAUGGUGAUCCAAUUCGAGUAACUGUUUCUAGCAUUAAAGCUGUCGAGUUUUGUGUCUUACGUGAUGUCUCAUUGUCUUCUUUCCAUGACAUGUUGACUAGUGACCACAAAAAUCUUAGAGAUUAUAUUGUUACCAACGCUACCGAAAGACAUACUGUAAAACCUGGAAGUCAAGACAUAUCCAUAAACGUGAACGUUCAGUCUUGCCCUGAUCAUUCGAAACGAGAUAAAUAUUCAAUUGUUAUUGGUCUAGUUUCAAGUACUCUAGAUUCACUGGAUGAGGAAAUAAAUAUUACAUGCUACAUAAUUCAUGUAAAGAUUCGAGAAGAGGAACAUGUGAAUACAAGUAUCAUGUAUACAUAUUGGAAAACCAAUUGGAAUCGUCUUCUGACUCCACAGAUCCUUUUUGAUGCUGGUGAAAAUAUGAACACAAUUGAUGAAACUACUAUUUUACCAACGAAAACAAUCACAUCAUAUAUAAAUAAUGAUAAAGUUUUUCAAACAUGGCAACCAUGUUGUUUCAUAUGUCUUUCUAUAGAAACUACUUAUAAUCUACGUGUACUUUUACCAUGUCGACAUGCAGUGAUUUGUUCAGAUUGUUUUAAAUCAUUAUAUAAAUCAGCAAUGUUUACAGUAAAUCAUCAUUUAAUUGGAUUUAUUACUUGUCCAAUAUGUCGUACACCUAUAAAUUCAACAUUAUUAUUACCUAGAAUUAAUUCUAAUGAUGAAUUAGAUAGUGAAGUCACUAAUGUCAUGAAUGGUGAUAUCAUAACUAAUAUUACAGAAAUCUCUAUGUGA